ACAUGUAAAUUUUAUCGUAUGAAAAUCUACAAUUGUCCACUAUCUCUUGCACUAUGUAUUUUGUUGAGCAUCACUCAGAAACGCCAUAUGACUAACCCGCUCCCAUCUGCCCUAUGCGUUUCAAGAGCUAGAAAUUCCUAACGAACAACUAGUAACGAUAAGCAUUAUAAAAGCUACUUUCGAGGGGUUCAGUUGCCACUCAACCCAGCAAAAUGGUAUCGUUCAAACUGCUUAUCGUAAUUGCCAUCGGUGCUACCUCUUUAACUAAAUCAGUAGAGAAUAAUCGAAUUGUGGGUGGAACUGAAGCCGAGGCGCACGAGUUUCCCUACCAGGUGUCACUGCAGUGGAAUUACACCAACGGAAAACCUCCGAAGCACUUCUGUGGUGGAUCACUGAUUGCGGAAAGCUACGUCAUCACGGCUGCACACUGUACCGUAUCCAGUGCGGACAACGAUUGGUUAGAAGUGGUGGCCGGGGAACAUGAUUUGUUGCUCAGCGAUGAAAAUGUCCAGAGGCGUCGAGUGAUUAAAAUGUUUGUGCAUGAAAAGUUUAACGUAGAACAGGUUGGACCAUGGGACAUUGCAGUGCUGAAGCUGGAUGAACCAUUUCAGCUGACGAGCUCCGUACGGUUGAUUGAGCUGCCAGCGAAGGGAGUGCUGCACCAUGGGAAAGGAGUUGUUAGUGGAUGGGGUGGAAUAUCGACGGACUUUUUCCCUGAUAUGCCGAACGUGUUGAUGAAAGCCGAGCUUCCGAUUUUGCAGUGGAAGGAGUGCCGAGAUAUAUGGCAAGAUGAACGCAUCCACGAGAGCAAUGUUUGUGCCGGGACAAGAGAUGGGUUGAGCAACACCUGUUCGGGAGAUUCUGGUGGACCACUGGUUCAAAUCAAGUCCGGUCUUUUCGAGCUGGUAGGAAUCGUCUCUUGGGGUCGCAUGCCGUGUGGUUCACCGUAUGCUCCCGGAGUGUUCACCCGUGUUUCCUACUAUACCGAUUGGAUUAAGGAACAAAUGACCCAUGACGGAUGGAAAAGUGCAUGAUUGAUGGAUAGAAUAAAUACAAUAUGUUGUCCAAUUGAAAGAUAAUGUAA